AUGAAGCGAUACGUCGCUCUGAGCCUGCUGCUCACUCCACUCGCUUGUGCAAAUAUCAUCUUCCAUAAGGUGCAGCCAGCUUGUGAUGUGAAACUGCCUCAUGCGCAGGGCUGUCUGCGUGGGCAGAUCUGCCUGACGAACAAUACCUGUGCUCCGGAAUGGAAUGCUUCGAGCUACGACCGCGAGUACUACAGACUGAUCAUGCAGCGACAAGCCGUUCGCGACGAUGGACAUUGUGGAUCGGCUUUCGGCGGUGCAGUUUGUGAUCCGAAUGGAGCUUAUGGCGGAUGCUGCAGCGAAUACGGGUGGUGCGGUAAAACGAGCGAUCACUGCUCACUUCAGAACGGCUGUCAGAGUGGAUGCGACUCAACUCCAGCACCUCCUACGACUUUGAUCAAUUUCACCACUAGCAAUGGCGAGCCUGUGAUCGGACCACCUACUGCCGUGCCAGCAGCAGAGCCUACUGGUGCAGUCACAACAGAUGGAAGCUGUGGUGCCGCCAAUGGCAAUACUCUCUGCGGCAAUUGGCCUCUCGGAAGUUGCUGCUCCAUGUAUGGCUUCUGCGGCGACACGAGCGGACACUGUGGCGAAGGCUGUCAAUCUGGACCUUGUAAUCAGCCAGCAGUACCACCCGCUCAUGGACCAUCACCUGCUCCAAGGAACGCUAAUCCAGGGUCUUACAACAUCGUCGGCGAUUCUGGAGUUCCCGCAAUGCAUGCCGCGCUGAUGCCCAAUGGCAAGGUUAUGUUCCUCGACAAAGUUGAAGAUUACACGCGGCUCAAGUUACCCAAUGGCCGAUUCGCUUACAGCUCAGAAUAUGACCCUCAAGCGAAUACUGUAGUGCCUCUCGCAUACAAGACCAAUGCUUUCUGCGCUGGCGGUACUUUCCUGGCUGAUGGUCGAAUGCUUGCAGUCGGUGGCAACGCUCCGUUAGAUUGGCUUGAUCCGACUGUCGGUGAUGGGUUCCGCGGUCUGCGAUACCUCACGCGAUAUGCACGCGACGGAUCGGCCGAUGGUCAGGACUGGUCCGAGCCUGGUAAUCAGCUCGAUACGGCACGCUGGUACCCCAGCGUCCAGACUAUGCCAGAUGGCACCAUUUUCGUGGCAUCGGGAAGUCUCAAUGGUCUUGACCCAACGGUCUCGGAGAACAAUAAUCCGACAUACGAAAUUUUGAAUUCGGAUGGCACCUCGCGAGGCGUAUCAACGACUAUGGCGCUACUAGUCAAGUCUCAGCCGUAUUACAUGUACCCGUUUAUCCAUCUGCUGAAAGAUGGCACAUUUUUCGUCUUCGUCUCCAGAUCUUCCGAGAUCUUUGACGUCGGGUCUGGUCAGACUGUUCGAACUUUCCAAGACUUGCCAGGAGAUUACCGUACCUAUCCGAAUACUGGUGGCACAGUGCUCCUUCCACUUUCAUCUGCUGAUGAUUGGAAUCCGGACGUCAUCGUCUGCGGUGGAGGUGCAUAUCAAGAUAUCACAUCUCCAACCGAUGCCUCCUGUGGUCGUAUCCAGCCUCUGAGUGCCAAUGCCGCAUGGGAGAUGGACAGCAUGCCAGAAGGUCGUGGUAUGGUCGAAGGCACUCUGCUUCCAGACGGCACCGUAGUCUGGGUCAACGGCUGCAAUCGCGGAGCUCAAGGUUUCGGCCUGGGACAAGCUCCGACAUUGGAGGCACUCAUCUACAACCCUGCAGCACCGCUCGGUCAGCGGUGGACGACCGGUGCAUCGACAGGCAUCCCCCGCCUAUAUCACUCGGUCGCACUUCUACUCCUCGAUGGCACGCUCAUGAUAGCAGGAAGCAACCCCGUUGAAAUGCCCGUCUUGACGCCCGACGCAGCAAACCCUUUCGUCACCGACUUCCGCGUGGAAAUAUACACCCCUCCCUACCUCUCCGGCGCCAACGCCCAGCGUCGUCCCACAAACAUCGCCCUGUCAACAUUCGCUCUCGUCGCAGGCGCCGCCCAGCCACUCACAAUCACUUUCCAAGCGCCUCCGAAUGCUCAGGGUUUGAAGGUCGUGUUAUAUCACGGCGGGUUCGUCACUCACUCGCUGCACAUGAGCCAUCGCAUGUUGUUCUUGGACCAUGAGGGUUUCGCACCUGAGCAAACGGGCCAGAGCGUUUCGGUGAGCAUGCCGCCGAGUCGCAAUUUGGCGCCGCCGGGGCCGUAUGUGGUUUAUGUUGUGGUUGAUGGAGUCCCGGGGAUUGGGCAGACUGUUAUGGUUUCGUGA